UCAGGGUCAACCUCCAGUUGUAGAGGGGUGUUCUGGUACUCCCGUCCUCCUCCUUUCUCUCCUUACCUUCCCAGAGGAAGUUUCUAUUACUCCUCCCUUGAACUCCUUUGGAUCCUCCGAUGACUCGACCCAGAUCCUUCUCUUUUUCAGGGUUUUGAUUUGCACUUUUUCUUUGAAAUUCCAAGAUUUCUUUGUGAAUUCCAACAGAUCUUGCUGGAACUUUUCUCUUCAUCCACCCGACUCUCCUUCAUCCCUUCUUCCCUUUGACAUUUGGCUCACUGAACAGUCGAUCAACCAAGCAACCAGGCAACUAACAGACAAGUAAACGGCAGGUGAACCGAAAAGCAAGUAUGACAGACAAACCGGGCAUGCCGACGGGUGGUGGAGAUGAUGCAGGAAGCAUCAUGGCGUUGCUGGAGCGCGUGGCGGGCCUCAUGGACAGCGUCCAGACCACACAACAACGCAUGGAAGAGCGUCAGCUGGAGCUGGAGAACACGGUAAAGACCAUCCAGGCGGAUGUCGUCAAAUUGACCAACGACCACGCCAACACCAGUUCCACCGUUGACCGCCUCCUGGAGAAGACACGCAAGGUCAGCCGCCACAUCAAGGACGUCAGGGUGCGCGUGGAGAACCAGAACAUAAGGGUGAAGAAGGUGGAGGCCACCCAGGGUGAUCUCCUAGCCAAGAACAAGUUCAGGGUGGUCAUUUAUCAGGGUGACCAGGAGGUGAAGGCUGUCACACCAGGCAACGAGCCAGGAGAACCCAGUGGCAGCACCGGCGCCAGAGCUGAGGUGGAACCGGACAAGUUUGAGCUCCCUCCAGAGUCGGAUGAGGAGUACAUGGUGGUGGAGGAGGCAGACUCCUCGUCAGCCGGCCGCAUGAAAAAGACGGGGCUGACACGCAUCGAGAGCUUCAAAGCCACCUUCUCCAAGGAGAACAUGAGCAAGACCCGCGAGAACCUUGGCACCAAGGUCAACAGGUUCGGCGAGCGCAUCGUGACGGCUGAGAGGCGCGAGAAGAUCCGCCAGUCCGGUGAGAGGCUGAAGCAGUCGGGCGAGAGGCUGAAGGAAACCAUCACCAAGAGCGUCCCGGCAAAGCUCAACCUGAAGAAGGAGAGGACUGUCGCGGAGGGCCAGGAAGGAGCCGAGGGUGCCACAGAGGGAGCUGCUCCCGUCCCUCCUCCGAAGGGCCGCAAGGGCAGCCCAGACACCGCCAAGGUGGCUGACGAUGAGGGCAAGGCAGAGGAGUCUGAGGUGCCGAUGUACGAUAUGAAGCAGCUAUCGUAAACCGUGAGACAGUGACAAGAUCUGGGCCGUUUUCUUUUGGACCACUGAGACCACACAGAGGGAGUGAAAGAGAAGUUUUCAAGGUUGCUGCUACCAAGCAGAGCUGCAGGAGUGCGAUUAAUGAAGAUUAACAUUUGUUUGAACGUUUUUUGAAGGAAGUGAGAGGGAACAGGUCGGUCACGGAUCCAAUCUGACUGAACAUCAAGACAACAAGCAACAAGAUUCCUGAAAUCGUCAUCAAGUUGUUUCAUACAGUUACGUGUGUUCUGGUCGUUUAUUAUCAAAUCGGAAAAUAUAUAGUCUUUUUGUUUUGUGUUCAAUAUAUACACUGACUGGGAAAAUAAAUGAACAAAGUGUUCACAGUUCAGAACUUCUCCACAAAGCUUUUCCCACCAUCACACCUCUGCUGUUCACUUGUUUUUGCAUGUCGGACGGUGAAGCUAUAACAGGGUUAUAGUACGUUAAAAAAGUUUGGAGGAAAAAAAGAGUUUUGCACUCAUCACAGGUGAAAUAAUUCUAAUUAAAUGUUUAAAAAACUGUGUGUCACUGGUUGAUCAGCUUGAAUAAACUGAACAAUCACGAUGAGAGGCUGCAGACAUCUUCACAAGUCCAAAAGCCUGGACCUGUUCUGACACAUAGUCCCGAAACCUGCAGCAAAAGAACAAGACCCUACACGGACUCAGUUUGAUCUUGAAUUUGGACCUGUCCCGGUUCAAAUACUGGGUCGGGUCACUAAGUAAGAGUACUCUAGUUUGUGUAAGUGGAAAAUGUAAAAGAGCUGAUUUAAGGUGAGUAAACCUGAAAAUCUGAUAGUUAAGUAAAGUUAGCAAGCUGAGGACCUUUGAAUACCAGUCGUACAGGUCAUGUUAAAAGUCUUUAUUUAUUGAUGAAUAAACAUCUAAAUAAUGGAAUUAUUCAUAUUUAAAAUGUGUAUUGUAUAAAGUUUUAGUGUGUUAGUAUUUGAGUGAGAGCACAGUCUUGUAGCUACAGUAAGGAAACAUUUGUGUUAUUAAAUUAUUAUUAUUAUUUUAUUAUUAGAAUUAUUGUUUUGAAGCAGGAACCCCAUGAGACCUCCCUCACACUUUAUCAUUUUAUUUCAAAUCAGUGAUUUCAUUUCUGAGCAAAGCUACAAAUUGGGACGUAGCUAUCUGCACCAAACUACGUCAACGCUGGCAGCAGCGUUACAGCAGCACACGCUUACUCUGUAAGCAAACCCUGUGACUUGGAUGUUGUUCCUACAGUAUUGCUUUGUUAGUGAGUGACUGCAUGGACAUUAAAGCAGGUUUGUGUUUGAUUGUCACGUUGAGAAAAUAAAAGUUCACUUGAAUAAUUUCUGUAA